UAUGCCCAUCAACUUUCUGUUGGAUUGAGUCAAACCACGACAAAUAUGCUGGCUACCCUACUACAGGUGCAUCCACGACUCUUGUCGAACCCAGGUACGCCAACCCCAUGUGCUGUCCAAGAACCGUUCCAGCCGUCGCCAUCCGUUGCCCCACAAAUGACUCCGCUAUAUCCUGUACAGAUGAAUUAUAUUCAUGAGCAUCAUGCCAUGUAUCAAUAUUGA